AAAAGUUUUUACUUAUAAAUAUUUACUAAAGAAAUUCGAUUAAUUAUACAUCAAUAUGAACGGAUACGGAUAUGGUCAGGGAUCACAAGAGCCACUUCGAGGACAAAAUUCAUCAGGCAUGUCAUAUCAAUUAGGAAGAGGUAUGCCGAUGCAAACUCAAGCAACACCGUGUCCAAAUGUAACAGUACCAUUUCCCGCUCAACCAACACCGUAUUCCAAUAAUUCAGCUUCAUAUCCAGGACUUCAGACAGCUCCAUAUCCAAGUCAACCACCACAAGCUCACUCCAGUUAUUCAGGUAUAUAUCAACCACAAGCAGUUUCAUAUCCUGGUCAAGCAAUGUCACAACCACCUCAACAAGCAUAUCCAUCUCAAGCCUCCCAGGCAUCUUAUCAAGGACAUUAUGGUGCUGUUCCAAAUCCAAUGGCACAAACACCACCAUUCAAUCCAAUGUAUACAGUACAACCAACAGCACCACCAGCAUGUUCACAAUCAAACAAUGAAUACGAUUAUGCUUUACCAACAAAUUAUCUUACUUCAGCAUCUUCUUCUCAAGUUGCUCCAUUAACAACAAACACACAAUUUGCUGGUAAAUUAACACCAACGGUUUUACAUAAUCCAAAUUUCAAUGCUGCUAAUGAUGCCAAAGUUCUACAAAAAGCUAUAAAUGGCCAUGAAACAGACAAAGAAGCAAUUAUAACAAUAUUGAGUAAUCGUAAUAAUCAACAUAGACAAAGUAUUGCAAAUAGUUUUAAAAUACUAGAUGGAAAAAAUUUAAUAGAAGAAUUAAAAUCCGGGCUGAGUGGUAAAUUUGAGGAUUUAAUUGUUGCAAUGAUGACACCAAUUAUUGAUUAUUAUGUGAAAGAAGUUCAUGAUAGCAUUUGGGGAAUGAGUACAAAUGAAGAUGUACUUAUUAUCAUUCUUUGCACAUUGAGGAAUCAUGAUAUCCAGCAAAUAUCUGCAAGCUAUGAAAAAAAAUAUGGCGAAUCAUUGCAAAGUCAUAUACGUGGUAUUACACCAGGUUAUCUUGAUAGAUUAUUAGAAUCAUUUUGUCAUGGUAAACGCGAUGAAAGUACACAUACUGAUAUAAAUUCUGCAAAAUAUGAUGCAAUGAAACUUCACAGUGCUGGGAUUAGUCGCUUACGUACAAAUGAGUCUGAGUUUCUUUCUAUUCUUGCUCAACGAAAUGUACAACAAUUGAAUUUAAUUUUUCAAGAAUACUCCAGAAUAUGGGGCUGUGAUAUUGAGAGGGAAUUUCCCGGGCAUAAUAAAAAAGAUCUUCUCACAGUUAGGAAAUGUAUCAAGAAUAGUUCUUUGUAUUUCGCUGAACAAUUAAAUGACUCUAUGUCCGGAAAAGGAGCAGACGAUCGGAAGUUAAUUUUUAUCUGUGUUACACGUUCUGAAAUUGACAUGGGCGAUAUUAAACAAGCCUUUUAUCAAACUUAUGGGAAAACUCUUGAAGAACGCAUAUCAGAGGAUACAUCUGGUGAUUACAAAACAUGUCUCAUCGAGCUCAUCAGCUAAACAGUUGAAAUUAUUAUUCAUAUA